GUCAGCCUGCACUUUUAUGUACAACGAGUCUUCUUCGACUUAAGUAAUGUUUAACAGCAUAAAUGCAGAUAUCUAUAAAAAAAAAAGUUUACACAUUUGGAGGAAAGAAUGAUUAAUGUGGGGAAAAUCGAUAAAGAACCACCUGUCCUAUUUGCUCACAAACGAAAUCCUGUAUAUUUAUAUAUAUAGAUGAGUACACCCCCAUAGGAAAGGUGGUUCAUUCCCAAAGUGUUUAACUGAUGUGGCACUAGCAAUGCUUUAGUUGUAACGCAGAAUCUGGUGUAAUGGCUGUACGGGUGCUCUUGUGCUUCUUAGCCGUGUGCUUUUAUGUCACAGCGACAGAAGACAGAAAAAACAUAACACUAAUAGAAGACACUGAAAUUGCUAGAGGAACAGUAAUAGCACCAAGUGUUGUAGGAUGUUCUAUAAAAAGGAAGCCAGAACUUUACAAGUUCAUGAUGGAGAUCUGGGCACUUUACCAUAACCUGAAAUACGAAUCCACCGAAGAAAAGGAACCUCAGAUAAUAUUCUACAAUUUUAAAAAUGAAGUUCUGAAGGUGAUAAAAAUAGGGGGCAGGACAGCGGAUGAAAUUAGCGCCAUCUUGGACGAAGCCGGAUUCUACAAGAAAUCACAGAAAGGAGAAGAGGUGCCUAAGGAAUUCCAGCACCUGCCUCUCCAAGCACCUCGGGAUGAGCUGUGA